CCUCCUGCGCCUCCUCUCCCUUCCUUUCGCUUGCCCUUCGUUCGUUCCGUCCUUUGUCCAUUGCGCUCGCUGGUCGUCUUUGUCUUUCUGCUGCUUGCGCUGCUCAAGGGAAUUCAUAAAGACGACAACGACCGCGGGCCUCGUCUACUGAAUCGAAUCCCCUGGCCGAGUCCUGGAGCGAAAUCGGUGGUGGCAUGGAGGGUCGAGCGUGGGGUGCACACUCUUUUCCUCGGCGACGACAGGAAUGAAAUGAUGCUGCGACGGCGUCGUCUGUGGAUUUGAGCGAGAAGAGAGUGCUGCUGCGUGGUGGUUGGUCACAGGAGGAGGAGGAGGAGGAGGAAGAAGAAGAAGGACGGGUGUGUGAGUGCGUGAGGGAGGGAAGGAGUGAGCGAGUGGUCGAUUGCUCGCGGAGCAAUCAAGUAGGGAGUCAGUGAUGGAGCCCGGGGAUUGAUUGCCCCGGAGCAAUGGGGCUUGGUUUCAAAGUGGCUGGGGCUCUGAUGUUAUUAUGACCACCGUGGCGGAGCUGCUGCCGCCGGGGUUUACGUGGCUCAGGUGUUUUGUUCCCAAGGCGUUUAAAAGUUCCCCACUAGAGCAGAAGAAUGAUGGAGAAGAAGAAGAAGCGUGAGAAAGCAUCUCCCAACGGUGCUUCCGGUGGGGAGACAGACGGUGGAUCCGUGCAGAAUACGGUCCCUAGUAGUACAUACAAAGCCAUACGACCUGCGGCUCCUGUUGACAUAUUGAAGCGGCAGAGGGAAGCAGAACAGGUCGUGGGUGGCCCGGCCAAGAAGUUGUUGCUUUCUGGUUCAGCACCUCCUGUUUUGCCCUUUUCUCCUUCUCAGCCAUACCCUCCUGUCGGCCACUGGCAAUAUCCUCCUGCACAGCAGCCUCCACCAUUCGUACCUCCAUCACAACCUCAACCUUCACUAUCUCAAGGGCAACCUUUGCAAUCCCAGUUACAUCAACAGCAGCCUCAAGGACAACAGCAGCAAGGACAGCAGCAACAAGGGCCAGCGCAGACUCAAGGAGGGCAGCCUCCCACUCCCUACUGGGGUGGAUCCGAGUUUCCUCCUCAAUCCUCAGGUGGACAGUAUUAUCCUUUUCCAGGUAGCUCGACAGAUUCCAACUGGCAGGGCCCUACAUAUCCAGGUGCUCCGAGUGUACCAAACGGUUUACCAUACGGAUACCCAGGUCCCUUUGCCUACCCUGGAGCUGUCGGACAAACAGCUUACACAGGAGCAUGGCCUGACCAGUCAUGGUGGGGAGGAAAUCCAGCACAACAACCUCCUGUCUUUCCAGGUGGAUACGGUCCUUAUCAAGGCUAUGGACCAGCUUACGGUUUUGGUCCUCAACCAGCUGCUAAUGGGGCUCCUCCAUUGCCUUUUCAGAGAGGCCAUAUAAAGUCACCUCCCGGACUCUCUCAGAAACAUCGACGGUUGUGGGAAGCACAGUCUUGUGAGAACAUACAAGUAUGGAGUUCUUUGGCUAGAGCAGAGGCUGAGCUGUGUGCUUUACGCAAUAAAGUGAUGCAACUGGAAGGAGAAUUGCAUGCUUUUAGAGGUCAAGCUGACGUGCAAGGGGAUGCUGCCGCUGUUCCCGCCGGUUUACAACAACCGGCUAAAAGGGUUAGACAUAAGAAGCCCGGUGGUUUGAACAACAAUGACUCCAGUGCCUCAAAGCGUGGAGGGAAGCCUACUGUUGAUAAAACAGCGGCAGAAGGUGCAGCUAAAAGUGAAGACAAGAGUGAAGAAAAAGAAUGUGAAGUUGACGAUAAGAACUUAGGCACAUCAGGUAAAACGGGCAGGAAGAGCGAGACGAAGGUCGUCUCCGAAAUCGAUGAGAACAAGAGCAUGUUUGACAGUACUUCAGUUAGGAACGUAUUUGAACCGGAUGCGUGUGCCACAGAUACAAGUGAAAGCAAAACACUGGGCUACGGAGAUCCGUAUAGGUCGACGUUCCACCCAGAGGUAGGCCUGGAAAAUGGAGUUAACGGAGAGGCGCAUGGAUUGGAGAAGAACGGCAUUGUGGUAGAUAUGACUCCAAACUCGUCAGGUUAUGAGGUUAAAAUUACAGGACAUGCUGGUGAACCUGUGGAAAAUAAUUGUCACUCAGGCAUAACCGCAGAUACUGUCGCAGAAGACUGGGCUGCAGCGGCAGAUGACCGAAAUUGUUCGUUUGAAGAAAGGCUACUGAAUUAUAGCGGCGCUGUAGGGAGGUCGAACUCGAAGGUAAUAUCAGAAUGGGGGGAAUAUGGCGGAGAGGAUGUGUCCGAUGACCAUGAAGUAGAUGAGUUAGUUCCAUCAGGUCAAGAUGACGAUGAAGACAUUGACGAUGAGGACGACUCUGGGCUACAGAGCAUCGGUGGAAGCAAAGUGCAUGACUUGGUGGUAGGCUUAGGUUCUGGAAAAGGAAUCCCACCACUAAGCCGUUGGUAACGCAGAGUUGAAGCCACAAGGAAGAUUUCAGGAUCACAUUUCCAUCAUGCGUUCCUCUCGACUUCCUUGGGGUUCCUAGUAAGAUGUACAAAUGCACAAAUUUCGCAUGCCUUCUAUUUAAGAGUUGUAUAUUGUAGGUUACUUACAGGUUUGAUAUGUGUCCAUCGAUGCCAUGAUUGUGUGGACUGCUUAGUAUCUCAGGUGUUUUUUCUUAUGGUAGAAUGCUUUUGGUUUUCCGAACUUCUACGCAAAGACCUGAUUUCGACAAAUUUGUUCCUUCUCUCUUCAUGCGUCUAUCUUGACUGGCUGUUAUAUGCGACCUUUCGUUUCUGUCUCAUUUU